UCAUCAAUGUGGGACGCAGCCACCGAGCUCUGCAAAUGGAGGCGCAAGCGACGACGAAAACAACAACUUUAAAAUUUUGUCUAAAACAGUUUGGGUUCGAUAACUUUAGAUCAAAAGUGCAAGAAAAUGUAAUCAAGGCAGUUUUACGAGGUGACAGAGAUGUUUUCGUGUGCAUGCCCACUGGGGCAGGAAAGUCUCUGUGUUAUCAGCUGCCUGCUGUCAUGGCCGCAGGUGUCACUCUGGUUAUUUCCCCGUUACUUGCUCUUAUUCAGGACCAAGUGGAGCACUUGAGAUCUCUGAACAUCCCUGCGUGCUCCAUCAAUUCCAAGGUUGCAGUGGGCGACCGUCGUACGAUUCUUGCUGACUUGCAGGCCGCAAGGCCAAAACUCAAGCUACUAUACAUCACACCCGAGAUGGUAGCGUCUCCAUCAUUCCAACCUUACCUGACUGACUUGUGCUCCCGGGGCCUGCUGUCCUACCUGGCUGUGGAUGAGGCUCACUGUGUCUCCCAGUGGGGUCAUGAUUUUAGACCAGACUACCUCAAGCUUGGUGAUUUGCGUGCUCGCAUACCUGGGGUUCCCUGUGUAGCGCUCACAGCAACAGCACCCAAAAACGUCCAAGACGACAUUGCGCAGUCCCUGAAGCUGCGACUGCCGCUCUCUUUCACUACACCAGUUUUUCGCUGUAAUUUGCACUAUGACGUCAUAUUCAGCGAGAUGCUUUCAAAUCCCUAUGUUCACCUCCAUGCCUUCAUUCAGAAGGCGCUUACUCUUGGCGGUGGCUGUAAUGGACAGGGUUGUGGGAUCGUAUACUGUCGGACCAGGGAGGGAUGUGAAACCGUAGCCUACCAGCUAACCAAACUUGGUGUCCUGGCAAAGCCUUAUCAUGCUGGUAUGAAGACGGGAGAGCGCACGGAGGCCCAGAGUGACUGGAUGCAGGGAAAAGUGGUUGUCAUUGUGGCCACCGUUAGUUUUGGUAUGGGUAUAGACAAGGCUAAUGUAAGGUUUGUCGUCCACUGGAACCUUGCAAAAUCCAUGGCCAGCUACUAUCAAGAAUCUGGGCGAGCGGGAAGAGACGGGCUGCCGUCCCUGUGUCGCAUUUACUACUCCCGGAAAGAUAAAGAUCAAAUUAUGUUCCUCAUCAAUAAGGAGAUAGCUCGUUUAAGGGAAAAACGAAACUUUGCAAAAGAAUCAGACAAAUCAGCUAUGACAGACUUUGAGGCCAUGGUGCAAUUUUGUGAGCAGGAGAGUUGCAGACACGCCACCAUUUCCAAGUUUUUUGGGGACCAGCCACCGAACUGCGCGGGUGCUUGCGACUACUGUUCCAACCCGAAAGGUGUCCGAGCGCAACUGGAGUCGGUUGUCAACACCGCCGUUGCGGUUCAGCCCAAAGAACCAAAGAAGCCAUUUGGUUUUAAUCCGGAGGUUUAUGAAGGAGGGAAGAAGGGCUACGGGUUUGAGAGGUAUGACGAAGUAGGGGAAACAAAUAGUGACGACGAAGCCAAGAGGAAAAAGGAAUUCUCUGAUCUCUUCAAGAGGCAGAUGACCUUAAGGAAGGCGCCUGACAACCAGGAGGAUGACUUUAUUCCUCCAGAUGCCGACUGCCCACUGAGAGAGGCGGGCAGUCGGAGGAUCCCCAAGCUGCCAGUCAAGUCCAGAGAGCACUGCCUGGCACUCUUGGAAGAAGCACUAUACGGCCGCCAGGGAGAAGACGACUCAUUCGGUCCUCUAUCCUCAGCUGUGGAUAUUGAACACGAGGUGUUCAAGAGAAGCAAGUCUUCCAACUUGUACAAAGCGGCAAUUUUAAAAAAGGUGUCCGAGUUGAAGAAAGUACCUGCCGAAAAAGAGAGGAGCAAGAGCCUCAGCGAUGGGGAGGCCAUCCUAAAACAGGAAGAAAAAGCCUUGUCCUCGACUUCUUCUAAUGAUCUUCAUGGGUUUAAAUCUGCGUCUGAGGUCUACUCGAUGAAGCGGAAGAGAGUUGGAGCAGGCCAGAGGGGCUCCUCCAACCCCCACGUGGUUGCAGAACAUCUGCUGAAAGACUCCCCGGUUGACAGCGGGUCUAUUAAGGGAGCACCGAGUGGGAGCUCGGGUGGCAUUCAACAGGAGCUAAAAAGAAAAUGGUCGGAUAACCCUUUGCCUGUGACAUCAUCUAUCCGAGCGAGGGCGAACGCCGCUGCUGCCACCUCCUCCUCCUCGAGCAGCCUCACAAAGGGAGGCAGAGCCGUGAGCAAGAAGCAAAAGCUGGAGGAAGCCGCAAAAAGCUCUCGUUUUAUUUCUCACUAUUUUGAGAAGAGCCAAACAGUGAAGGAAAGGCAGGAGCGGGAGACCAGAAUAAGAAUCUCAGAGGGCGAGCCAAACCAGGAGCAGCACUCGCCUAUCAUUCUGCAGUCAGGAGGUGGUGCUAUGGAGCCAAGGAUUCAAGAUAAGAAGUCAACACAGACCAGACUGGACGUCAUCGUGAUAGAUGACGACAGUGAUGCAGCAGUGACGUCGGAACUGAAGCCCCACUCUACCAGCGGUUUCAUUUUCCACUCAAGACAGAGCACAACACAAGACCGCAAUGCAUCUGAUCAACAAGAGGUGUGCGCUCCGGAAGCCCCACAAGCGCACCCUCGUCCGGCGAAGCGAGGCCGCUUGGUGGACAAGAACAGCAGCAGAGUCACUUUAGAGCCGACAACCGUGCAAACCGUGCAGGAGCCGACGACGGCCGUGACGCUAAAGGAGGCGGCUAACGUGGUGGUCCGCUAUCUGGACCCUUUUUACACUCAGGGAAAGUUUGCCACCAAGGAACUGUUCAAGUCCUUCGCUCGCUACUUGUCGCACCUUCUUGCAGAGGGGAGGAAUCUUGGAAAGGGACAAGUGAAAGCCGAGGCCAAGGCGCUCAUCAAGCAGUUCUUCUGCAGUGUCAAACGCUGCGAGAGCGAGGCGGACUGGAAGCACCUUAGAAGGCCGCGCUGCUGUAAACCCACCCCCAAUCAGCAAAUGACCAUGAGGAAAUGAACGGUUUUGGGGAUUUCCGUUAGUGCCUAAACUUGUCUUGUUCACGCGAGCUCGGGUUUCGGUGCAAAAACUCGCUGAUGCGAAAAUUCAGCUUUAAAAAUCCAAGCAAUAAAAACUUUUGGGACAUUUUCCACUUAAUCGUGAAAUGUCCGGAAGUUGUAUUGCUGCCACACUGGGAAAAAUUAAAAUGGUUCAGUAUCACAUUAUAACGUCCUCGGUUUCAUGGGCAAAUGUGAUAGACUUUCAUUAUGUUCACAUGUUAAGUUUCACGUUAUAAUGUGAAAAAGUUGGUCUUGCGGUCUCAGUCCUCCUGUUGCGACAUUGUGGUCUCUCACAUCUUGCCAAGCUGGAUUUAGGGACGGACACAGAGGUGGCCUCUGUCAUAUUAACAUGUAUCUUAGGUAUGAGUGGUAACUUUUAAUACAUGAGACACAAAAACCUGAACUGGAAGAAAUUGCUGUAUUUUGGUUAGCCAAAUAAGGAAGUCAAAUGUUUUACAUUUUAAUGUGAAAACCUUUUACAUUGUAAUGUGCAACCUAUCACGUAAUGUGAUUUUGAAUUUAUUUUAUUUUUUCCUCGUGUGACUGCACUACGCCUUUGAAGAAAUGAACAACUAAACGGGUGAAAUAUGUAUAUCCAAUAUUAUUUCAUCUCAAAAUGUCUGGAACGUAUUGAGAGAUGUCACGCACUUUUACUGCUGCUUUAUUUGACUGUUGAAGACCAUUGACGUUUCGUGGUUACUGUUCAAACGUUUUGUUUUGUAAGGAAGGAAAUGUGCUAUUCCC